UUAACAAAACGAGUAUUUCACUGCUGUCUACUUCUAUAAUGAUAAAAUAAUAUUAAUUUAUUAAAAAUUAUAACAUUAAGUACUUACCUAUAUUGUAUAAUAUACACGCAGUGUUAUACUACUACGGCAUACAGUGCGAGGUCUUAAACCAUGUGGUGUUGCGUUUUUUGUCCGUCAUCUUCGUAUCUUGUCUGAUCGUAGUUUGGUGUAUUUAGGCAUUCGUUUAUCGCAUAAGCGUGGUUGUUAUAUUAUUAUUCCAGUGGUGUAAGACGAGACUACCAAAAAUCAGUCAUUAGUGGAUACAAACCAUUGCUCAACUAUUUACGUACAAAAUUGUAUGCUUAUCCAUUUAGAGUUCUAAACUUCGAUAAUUAUGGACAAUCAAAAUAACCAGCCCAGCACAUUAAAUGAUAAACGUGUUCAAUUGAAAUCAAAAGCUGUUGUUAGGAUUUCGACAGUUCAAACACCCAAUUUUAUUCGCCAUAAGGUUAAUACUAAUCUAAAUUUAAAACCACAAAAUCUUUAUAGCAUCGAUGCUGAAUCAUGUGGCGUGUGGUUGAAAUCUAGUGAUUUUCAUUGUUUUUCUAGUUUUAAAAUAGCUAAUUUAAUUCCUGAAUGCAUUGGCAAAGUGGAUAUUGUAUCAGAUGCUGAAAAUAUUAAAAAAUUGUGUAAGAUACCAUACAAUAACAAAUCUGUUAGCAUCAUGGUACAUAAAAUCGAUGAGACAUUUUUAUUAGAUGAAUUUGAUGUUGAGAAAUAUUUGAUACAAGAUACAUUUAAAAAAUGGGCCUGGUUAAAGAAAUUCUUUGACGACAAUAUUGUAAAAUCUUCUGAUAUUAAGGUGGAAUGUAUCACUUAUAAAAAUAACCAUUUUAGAAAAAUUCAAAAUAAAAAUUUAGAAUCAAAAUUUUUGCACCAUACCAUUGGAUCAGAUUUCCAUUGUAACCAAAUAAAAAGUUUUUGUAAUGAAAAUUCUUCAUUAGCUUUUCCUUUACAAGAACUUACACCAGAAGAAGUGUUUCCAGAUUGUCAAUUUAAAAGAUUAUUUAACCAAAAUGUUUCAUGGAAUUUUGAAGGCUUGCAAAUGUUAAUAGGUUCGGAUUUACCAAUUUUCAGAAGUAGCAAUAAUUCAUCUUUAAGCACAAGAUUGAGAGACAUGUCUAAAUCUUUAAGUAUGUUAACUGGGAUUGAUUAUUGGCUAGAUAAUUUAAUGUGUGAUAUUCCUGAAAUCGAAUUUUGCUAUCAUAAAAAUGGUAUUGUUCAAAAGUAUGAGUUGGUGAAAACUGACGAUAUACCAUAUUUGAAUGGCUCAACAUUUUCGCCAAAUGAUAUUAGUAAUAUUAUGCAAAAUACAUUUUCGUUUUUAAAAUCAAAUGCUAAUAGUGUUGGACAUACGUACUGGUUAUUUAAAGGAAAAAAUGACUAUGCAGUUAAACUUUAUGAUUUGACAACAUUAUGUUCCGGAUCAUUAAUUGAUAGCUCAAAUCCUUUUACAAUUCCAGUAGUUAUGUUGUUAUAUCGUGUUGCUUGUAAAUUAAAAUAUUACCCAAAAGAUGAAAAAUUGUGUAAUCCAAUUACCAUUCAACUUUUACUAAACAAUUGUCUACAAUUAUUAGAUAAAAUUAAAUAUCCUGAAAUUGUUAUGUCUAUCUAUUGUAUGUUGUCUGAUAUAUACAUUUCAAUUUAUAAUAAUCCAUCGACCACUUUAAUAGAUUUAGCUGAAGUAGAUAAGGAUAAUUACUUUGAUGAUUCUGCUAUUUCAUCAACUCAAUUUGAUUAUGGGAUCUAUUCUAUUGACAUACAAAAUUUAUGUUUAUCCAACAUGAAAGAAAUAAAAUCUCAAAAACCAAAGUAUUCCAUGUCGAAACAUUUAGUGAAAACUAUAGAAGAAUGUUAUUAUAAGGCAUUGUAUUAUGUUGGUAGCAGUUUGAGUUACUUACAAUAUUUCAAGAAUGAUAAAAAUAUUACGGUAUGUAACAAACAAUUGACUUAUAAACAAUUUUACAAUUUAUUUUGAAUUUUGAUAAAGGCGGAAAGAGCAUCAUUGUUCGAGAAUAAUAUUAAACUUAUGCAAUAUCUCGAAUCUGAAAUACUUGGAAAGAAUGAUGUUUCAAGUUGGCAUAAUUUACCCAAUGCUGAAGACUAUAAUUGGGAAAAUCACCUUAGGUUAAUUUUUUAUCAAAAGGCAUCUGAUGUAUAUUUUAAUUUAGGCAAAAAUUGUCUUGCAUCUAAAAAUUUUGGAAUAGCAUUAAAAUGUUUCCGCCGGUCACUUGAAUGUCAUUUAUGUGUUGCUAACACUGCUAACCAUUUAUUCGGGCCUAUAUUAAACCUGUGUGGCAAUUGUUGUUUGUUUAUUCUUAAACAUUGGGAUAAAUUAGAACAAUACAAAAGUGAGCUUGAAACCAAUGAAAUAUGUGAUUUUGAACUAAGAACAGCAUUGAUUAAUAAUUUUGAUCACACUAACCAAGAUUUAAAUUUAAUACCAACAACCAUCAAUAAUUUAAAAGAAAACAUGUUGAGCACAGCAGAAAAUUGUUACUCACGUGCUUUAAAAUUGGAAGAAGAUGUUAAUAAUAAAAUUAUUUUAAAUAAUCAAUUAGGUUAUGCUUACAAUGAAUACAUUAAAAUGUAUACGGAAGAAAUAUUAAUGGCUAUAAAUAAUAACAUUCCUUUAAGUCCAUUUAAGUUGAAAUUUUUUGCAAGAAAAUCAAAGCUUUUUUUUGCAUGGGGAAGUGAUAUAUUUAAAAAGAAUAAUGAUGAUGAUAAUUUUAAACAGAUAAAUUUUAACUUGGCAAAUUUGUACAAAUACAUCACAUAUUAUUCAACAAAAUAUAUAGUUCCUAUCAAUGAUUUUAUAAAAAAAGAGAUCUUCAAUUUAAAGACUGGAAAUGCUUACAAGAAGAGAUUAUCGAAGUUAGGUGACCGUAGUUCUAAUCCACUUCUGUGGGAUAAUAUUUACUAUAAAUUAUCUUCAACUUUGUUUUAUGCAGCUGUACGUGUAUAUUUAGACAUAUGUCGAUGUAAUUCCAAUAAUUAUGUGGAAUGUAUCAAUUUAUUUAUGGAAACUUUGAAGUAUUGCGAUUUGGAAAACGAUUCACCCAAUAAAUUUGUGUAUCAGUAUCAAGCAGCUUAUAUUAAUUUGGGCUUAGCAUCAUUAUCUUCUGAUCGUCUAGAAAAAUAUAUUACUGAUGAGUCUCCAGAGCUUGAUCCUGUUUUUCUCCAGAUUAAGUCUUACUGUAACAUUGCAUUUGAUAUAUAUUUUAAAAUAGAGCGUCCAUUGGAAUCUUUUGAGGUUCUCAUAAAAAUGAUAACAUUAGAUAUGAGCUUAAUUGAUGGAAUGACAAAUCUUAGGAAUCUCAAACAUGUCAAGUCCAUUAUAAAAACAUUGGGAAAAUGUGCUAUUGUGUUUCAAAUGUUUUCUGAAAAUAAGGAUACAACAAAAUAUUUCAAUAACAUAGGCCAACCUGAAGAGUUGGCUAUUGAAAAUAGUUUACACCUUGAAAUGCGGAAACUACAUUUUUUUUUAAUUUUAGAAGAAAAUGUGCUUAAACUUUUAAAAUGUAUGAUCCAGUUGGCCUUGUAUACAUCACCAAUACAGGAACUAAGAUUUUUGGUGGACAAAAAGGAUGUACUGAAAACAAUCUAUAGUCUAUUGUUAAAAAAUAGCAUCUGUGAUAAUGAUUGUUCACAAUUAAUGAUAGCUGUUAAACAAAUAUCUACAUUUGAAUGAUU